UAUGUAACGAAGUGAAAAUUAGAGUAAUUUGCAGUUCAAGUUUAAUUGCUUUAUAUUCAUUCAGUUUAAUUAAAGUAUUUAAAGUGAAUGAAUCGUAUGAACGCGGAAAGUUAUUCAAAAGAUAUUCGCGAGUUUACUUCACUCCGAGCGCGUUGUUUUGGACAAUGAAAAAUCCCCAAAACUUAAUUUCAGAUUUUUUAAAGAAUUUUUGAAAAAAUAAAAAAAUGUCGUUUCUUCUAUCUGGAAUUGCUAGCAUCACGCUAUGGAUGACGACGUGGAUCUUGUCGUUCGUCGAAUGUUUGUUACACUAUUUUGUUAUAAUUCUUGUGGAUUCGGCAGAGAAACCGUAUCAAUUGAUCCUUUUACUCUUCUUGCUAAUAAUUAUUUACUAUUCUUCAGUUAAUUACGAUAAAACUGUGGAUAUGACAGAGAUAGGUUACGAUUAUUUACGUCCUAAAGCCAGGAAACGACGUCAGAAAUUAUCUUUGCUGGUACGAGAAGUUAACGAAACCAGAGAUCCUGGUGAACUCCCUCCUGUAUAUCCUAAUGGUUGGAUACCUUUAAUGGAAUCUAGGGAUCUUCAAAUUGGAAAAUCUGCACCUGUAACUGCCUUAGGUCACCAGUUUGUAAUAUUCCGUGGUAAAACUGGUAAAAGUUUCGUUUUAGAUGCCUACUGUCCGCACUUAGGAGCUCAUUUGGGGGUGAAGAGUAAAGUGUACGACGAUUGCAUAGAAUGUCCCUUUCACGGUUGGUUAUUUUCUGGUAAAGAUGGUUCCUGCCUAAAAAUACCGUAUACUGAUAAAGUUCCAGAAUUUGCUAAAGUUAAAACAUGGACAUCACUUGAACAAAAUGGCUUUAUAUACGUUUGGCAUCACGCGGAGGGUCAUCCACCAUCUUGGAAACCACCCAUUAUUCCAGAGAUUGAGCAAGGAUUAUGGCGUUAUAAAGGUCGUACUCAACAUACGGUCAAUUGUCAUAUACAAGAGAUACCAGAAAAUGGAGCCGAUAUAGCGCACUUUAAUAACAUACACCAAGCCAGUAUUUUUUCUGGUAAUAAUUUCCAUACCGAUAACUGGUGGAAUUUUUGUAACCAUAUUUGGUCGUCUUCUUGGAAGGCAGAUCCUGAACCAAAUCAACAUAUGACCACUGUUAAACUCACUAAUUAUGUAAAAAUUUUUGGAAUUUCUUUACCUUGGUUUAAAGCCUCACUGGACGUAAAACAGAUAGGUCCAGCAAUAGUACAUCUGUACAUCACUUGCGUAUUCGGAAGAGGAAUAUACAUCCAGAGCAUCACUCCCGAACGUCCUUUACAGCAAAAGAUCGUCCACCAUUUUUACUCCCCAUCGAGAUUUUCACAGAUAUUUGCCAGCAUUUUACUGUUAUUGGAAGCCACCAUGCUUGAGCGAGACAUUCUCAUGUGGAAUAAUAAAAAAUUCUUGAAGGCACCACUUUUAGUUACAGAAGAUAAGUUUAUUGUAAGGUUCAGGAGAUGGUAUUCACAAUUUUAUAGCGAAAACAGCCCAAGAUUAACGAGGAGGAUCCCAAAUUGGUGAAUUUCUGUAAAUAAAAUGAACUUGUUUCAAGAGAUUUUUUGAACUUUUCAAUAAAUAAAAGUAGUGUU